AUCCAGACAACUUUGUUAGAUGAUAUCCUGAGCAAAAAAAGAAUAUGAAGCUUCGGGGGUGCAGGGUCGGGUAUAUAGGCAGACGGAUAUAUAUUAGGAAUUGACGGGCAGAGUCAGCUACGGGUCAGGCAAUCUACAGGUACAUAGACAAGACGCAGCUCGAAGAGCUGCGACAGGAUCAGCUUCAGUGAGGAGAGAUAUCUGAAAUGGGAAUCGGGGGCUGGAGGUCCAGAGUCGAUUAUCCGCGGCUAGCGAGAGCUACUCUUCACCAGAUACACUUAUUUCGAAUCAGUUUGCUUACUGAGGCAAGAUAUUUAGUAUUGCCUUCAUCAUGGACAUUCCGAUUGAAUUGAUCGUUUAUGUUUUUGCCAACAUUUCCCCCCCUGAUGUCCUCAGCCUUGCCGCGACCUGCAGGAAACAUUGUGAUGUCUGGCAGCAACACACAAACACCAUCUACAAUCUCAUUAGCCACACCAUCCAAUGCGAACAUGAUGCAAGGAGACUCCUGGCUGAUCAAGGGAUCCUACCAGUUGAGUCUGCCAUGACAGUUCCAGGUUUCCUGCAACUCCGUCGGAAUGCCCAUGUCAUUGAAAAGAUUGUUGAUAAAUUUGGCUAUAAGUUUAUAGUUCCUAUCUGUUGUCAUUUAGUUGACCCAGUGGAUUAUGGGUUCUAUGGUGGCGGGCCGCGGCCACCAUACUUGACACCCACUGAGCGCCCUCGUUUCAUCCGCAUUGUGUACAGAAUCUGGGAAUUAUUCCUUCUUAGCUCAGAUGCAAGACAUCAAAGACUGAAGAGCUAUAAGAUGAAAGACCUGCUCUCUCUUGAGGAUAUAGGUCCUGGCUAUGAACCUCAACCAAUUGACGUCAUCACAUCAGUAAUUAUGGCUGAGGAGGAACAGCCUAAUGGGAUAGGCUUGGCAAUACCAAAAAUUGAUUACAAAAUAUAUGUUGAUGAAAUUUUGAACAAGGUACGAGAUGCAAUUGACCAUGCCUCUCAAUAUGCAUAUGGUUGCUCUUACCAAGAAUUUCAUGGAUGGGAUGAAGGCGGAUGGUGGAGGGGACCAAUUUCUCUUGUUGAUGACUGUCAUCCUAUAUUCAAAGAUAUACUGAUAAAUGCUGAAGACACAAUUGGAGAGCGCUGGGUCCCGGUGGACGAGGUCUGGUAUGAUACAUCGGACGGAGAGAUCAUGGAUUAAAUUGGGUGAAACCCGAUUUCGUGGUCACUAUCGAAUUCACCAUAUAUGUGCUGAGAUAUCCCGUCUAUUAUACACAUGAAAAAAAAAUAUAUAACCCCCAAAACUCGCUCAA